CCGCUCCGCGGCGGGGGCGGAGCUGGAGGCGGGUCCAGGGGUGGGGCGUGGGGCGGGCCCAGGGCGUCCAGGUGGUCUCCGCGGAAGGGCCUGUUUCUCCAGUUUCCUCGGGGCUCGGCGGUCGGCGGCCGGCGGGGAGGCUCCAUCCCGAGAACAACGAGGCUGUGAGUGUUUGGGAACCAGGCCCAGUCGGCGGCCUCAGUCCGGGCGUCCCACCUCUGCACAACCCGUCGGGCGCCGGGGCUCGGGCAGCACGCGGAGAUGAGGAGCAGGAGCAAUUCCGGAGUCCGCUUGGAUGGAUACGCGCGGCUGGUACAGCAAACCAUCCUGUGCUACCAGAAUCCGGUCACAGGGCUGCUGUCAGCCAGUCACGAACAGAAGGACGCCUGGGUGCGGGAUAACAUCUACAGCAUUCUGGCCGUGUGGGGCCUGGGCAUGGCCUACCGCAAGAAUGCCGACCGCGACGAGGACAAAGCCAAAGCCUACGAGCUGGAGCAGAACGUGGUGAAACUGAUGCGGGGUCUUCUCCAGUGCAUGAUGAGACAGGUACAUAAAGUGGAGAAGUUCAAGCACACUCAGAGUACCAAGGACAGCCUGCACGCCAAGUACAACACCGCCACCUGCAGCACCGUGGUGGGUGACGACCAGUGGGGCCACCUCCAGGUGGAUGCCACCUCCCUCUUCCUCCUGUUCCUGGCCCAGAUGACGGCCUCUGGUUUACGUAUUAUUUUCACCCUUGACGAGGUGGCCUUCGUACAGAAUCUUGUUUUUUACAUAGAAGCUGCAUAUAAAGUCGCUGAUUAUGGAAUGUGGGAGCGCGGAGAUAAGACUAAUCAGGGCAUUCCGGAAUUGAACGCAAGCUCUGUAGGAAUGGCCAAGGCAGCCCUUGAGGCAAUUGACGAACUGGACCUCUUUGGAGCCCAUGGAGGACGCAAGUCAGUGAUCCACGUGCUGCCUGAUGAUGUCGAACACUGCCAGUCUAUUCUGUUCUCCAUGCUGCCAAGAGCAUCAACGUCUAAGGAGAUUGACGCUGGACUUCUUUCCAUUAUCUCUUUCCCGGCCUUUGCAGUGGAAGAUAUGAACCUUGUGAAUGUGACCAAAAAUGAAAUUAUUUCCAAGCUCCAGGGGCGUUAUGGAUGCUGUCGCUUCCUUCGAGACGGUUAUAAAACCCCAAGAGAGGACCCAAACCGAUUGCAUUAUGACCCUGCUGAACUCAAGCUCUUUGAAAACAUUGAAUGUGAAUGGCCUGUGUUCUGGACAUAUUUCAUAAUAGAUGGGGUCUUCAACGGUGACGCCGUUCAGGUCCAAGAGUACCGAGAGGCCCUGGAGGGAAUAUUAAUCAGAGGCAAGAACGGGAUCCACCUGGUGCCAGAACUGUAUGCCAUCCCACCUAACAAGGUAGAUGAAGAGUAUAAGAACCCCCACACGGUGGACAGAGUUCCUCUGGGGAAGCUGCCCCAUCUGUGGGGUCAGUCCUUGUACAUCCUCAGCUCGCUGUUGGCAGAGGGAUUCCUUGCCACUGGAGAAAUUGAUCCCUUAAAUAGAAGAUUUUCCACUUCCGUCAAACCUGAUGUCGUAGUGCAAGUCACCGUUCUGGCAGAAAACAACCUCAUUAAGGACUUGUUGAGGAAACAUGGGGUAAACGUCCAGAGUAUUGCUGACAUUCAUCCAAUCCGAGUCCAGCCAGGCCGGAUUCUUAGUCACAUAUAUGCCAAGCUUGGACGGAAUAAGAACAUGAAAUUGAGUGGGCGGCCAUAUCGGCACAUUGGCGUGCUUGGAACAUCUAAGCUAUAUGUGAUUAGGAACCAGAUCUUUACUUUUACACCCCAGUUUACCGACCAGCAUCAUUUCUACCUGGCCCUGGACAAUGAGAUGAUCGUGGAGAUGCUGAGGAUCGAACUGGCCUACCUGUGCACCUGCUGGCGGAUGACGGGCAGACCCACGCUCACCUUCCCCAUCACCCACACCAUGCUCACAAAUGAUGGUUCAGAUAUUCAUUCUGCAGUUCUUUCUACAAUUAGAAAACUAGAGGAUGGAUAUUUUGGAGGAGCCAGAGUAAAAUUAGGGAGCCUUUCGGAAUUUCUUACCACGUCUUUCUACACAUAUCUGACCUUCCUGGAUCCAGACUGUGAUGAGAAGUUGUUUAAUGAUGACAGCGAAGGGAGCUUCAGUCCUGAUUCCGACUUGGGAGGAUAUUUGGAAGAUACCUAUAAUCAAGUUACAGAAAGCGAGGAUGAACUUGACCAGUAUAUCAACCACCUCCUCCAAAGCACCUCCUCCAAGUGCUAUCUGCCCCCUCUUUCUAAGAAGACAGAAGACAGCCAUGUUUUCAGUGCCAUCCACUCCACUCGGGAUAUACUUUCCGUGAUGGCAAAAGCAAAGGGUUUGGAAAUUCCAUUUGUUCCCAUGACUUUGCCAACUAAAGUUCUAAGUACCCACCGUAAAUCACUAAAUCUUGUUGAUUCUCCUCAGCCACUCCUAAACAAGGCCCCUGAAGACGACUUCCAGUGGCCCAGAGAUGACCAUGGUGAUGUGGACUGUGACAAGCUGGUUGAGCAGCUGAAAGAUUGUUCAAACCUACAGGACCAAGCAGACAUUCUGUACAUUCUGUAUGUAAUAAAGGGCCCCAGCUGGGACACAAAUCUCUCCGGACAGCACGGGGUCACCGUUCACAACCUCCUCAGCGAGCUCUAUGGGAAAGCUGGCUUGAACCAGGAGUGGGGUUUGAUUCGCUACAUCUCUGGCCUGCUGAGGAAGAAAGUGGAGGUCCUGGCAGAGGCCUGCACGGACCUGCUGUCGCACCAGAAGCAGCUCACAGUGGGCCUGCCACCAGAGCCCCGGGAGAAGACCAUCUCUGCGCCCCUGCCCCCCGAGGAGCUCACAAAGCUCAUCUACGAAGCCAGCGGGCAGGACAUCAGCAUCGCCGUCCUCACACAGGAGAUUGUGGUUUACCUGGCCAUGUACGUCAGGGCGCAGCCCAGCCUCUUCGUGGAGAUGCUCAGACUGCGGAUUGGACUGAUCAUUCAGGUGAUGGCCACGGAGCUGGCACGGAGCCUGAACUGCUCAGGAGAAGAAGCUUCUGAAAGUUUGAUGAACCUCAGCCCUUUUGACAUGAAAAACCUUCUGCACCAUAUUCUGAGUGGAAAAGAAUUUGGCGUUGAAAGAAGCGGGUUUGAUGGCCGCUCUGGUUUUUUUGCGUGCUGCUCAAGCGAUGGUCACUCUCUCACCCAUUCGCUGGACGCCUGCGGAGCCCGCGCUGUGUGGCAGGUGCUGUUCCAAGUGCUAGAGACAGAGCACUGGUCAGGGCAGACGAGGCUCUCUUCUAAUGGAGUUUUGCGACCCAUCCAUUCCUCCACAUCCAGCCCUGCCAUCUCCAUCCAUGAGGUGGGACACACGGGAGUCACCAAAACCGAGAGGAGUGGCAUUAACAGGCUGAGGAGCGAGAUGAAACAGAUGACUAGGCGAUUUAGUGCUGAUGAACAGCUCUUUUCUGUGAGCCAGGCCGUGGCCAGCAGUGCACAUUCCUCCAAGUCUGCGAGAUCCAGCACCCCAUCCUCGCCCACUGGCACAUCAUCGUCAGACUCUGGCGGGCAUCACAUUGGCUGGGGGGAGCGGCAGGGCCAGUGGCUACGCAGGAGGAGGCUGGACGGAGCCAUCAACAGGGUCCCCGUGGGAUUCUACCAGAAGGUGUGGAAGAUCCUUCAGAAGUGCCAUGGUCUGUCCAUCGACGGUUAUGUGCUCCCGUCCUCAACGACAAGAGAGAUGACCCCACAGGAGAUCAAGUUCGCCGUGCACGUUGAGUCGGUGCUGAACCGCGUGCCGCAGCCCGAGUACCGGCAGCUGCUGGUGGAGGCCAUCAUGGUGCUGACGCUGCUCUCAGACACGGAGAUGAACAGCAUCGGGGGCAUCAUCCACGUGGACCAGAUCGUGCAGAUGGCCAACCAGCUGUUCCUACAGGACCAGAUGUCAAUUGGAGCCACGGAUACCCUGGAGAAAGACCAAGUCACAGGCAUUUGCCACUUCUUUUACGACAGCGCUCCGAGUGGGGCUUAUGGGACAAUGACCUACCUGACAAAGGCAGUGGCUUCCCAUUUGCAGGAACUGCUGCCCAAUUCAGGCUGCCAGAUGCAAUAGGGCCUCAGUGCUCUGAGUCUGUCCCUCGCUCCCUAGCCUCGUCGGGAACAUCCUGUUCUCCAAGAUUCCCGGUGUGGUCACAAAAGCACGUCCCGUCAGAAACCCUGGAAGCCACCGACCUAAAACCAGUGUGUGUCUAAGCCACAGAGCCGACGGAUCGUGUGUCCCCACAGGGAGCACCAUGGGGUCGCUCUCUAGGUUCGCUUCCCUGUGACGUUUGCCAGAACAGACUCCAAGAGACCAGAUGAGGAGGAAUUAGAAACUGGUCUCUUUUGAGUGCAGUGUGAACGGAGAGGCCAGCUUAAAUUGGCUUUCACCGAGAGUUCCCGAAAGCAGUCAGGUGGUCAGAUAUGCUAGUGACACCUCCAAGGAUGGGAAGAUCUUUGAGCAGCGGGCGUCUGACGAGCGGACCUUGACAAGGGGGACAUC